AUGUCGUUUAUCAAAAUUUUAAGGCCAGUGGCAACACUGUGCUCAGCGACACCCACGCGCCCCCUUGCACGGUCCUUGGUACUCGCUUCCACUGUUGGUGGAGCCCGAUAUGUCCAUCGCCAUCUAGCAAACAAAGAUCAAACGUAUAGUAUGAAAAGAGAAUUAGGCAGACUGGGACCAGACAGAGUGGCACUGCUAAAGCGAGUGCAAUCGUUACUAGACAAAAAGGACAUCGUAAAAGCGCUGGAGUUAACUAGGCUAGCCCAGUUGAAGGGUAUAAAUGCUGAGGCCUCAUGGAAUGCCGUUAUACAAAAAGAAUUUGAAGAGAGCACGGCAAUCGAUGCUUUAAAGCUAUAUAAUGAUAUGAAAAAGAGGGGAUUCAAACCUAACAAAUAUACAUAUUCUAUCAUUCUCAAAGGAAUAGCAAGUCAUCCUUUAACAAAGGGGGUAAAGCUAGGCAUGGCCUUGCUCGAAUCGAUUCCACCUCAGAUGUACUCGAUCAUUCACACCAAUGCCAUGCUUACUGUCUGCGUUGCCCACAAUGACAUGACUGCUUUGUGGGAAAUAGUAUCCAACCUUCCUACGACCGGUAGCCAUGCCGCCGAUGCGAGAACAUACUCCACGAUUUUGGUUGCAAUUCGCCACGAAGCGGAGAAAGCGGUUGAGAAACUUGACGAAAAAAGUCAGGCAGCAACUAUUUUGGCGAGGAGAAGUGAUGCAGUUAAAGAUGGCAAGAGAAUUUGGCUAGAGGUUUUGGAUAGAUGGGGAAAAGGACAACUUGUGGUUGACCAGGGGCUUGUUUAUCAAAUGGGCAGGCUGCUUCUAUUUGGAGGUCUCAGACGGGAUUAUUUCGACAUACUAGCUCUAUAUGAGCAAACGAUGCAAAUCAAACGCCCCAAAUCUAUGAUGACCCUUAUAGAUGACACAACCAAUAUUUUAGACAAGCGGAGAAAAUGGGAAUUGGAGCAAGAGGCUUUAAAAGACGAAAAUAAUGCCUAUAAAAUGGAAAAUGAUGGUGGAUACGAGGCAACGGAUAAAAUAUUCAGUGAAAUGAAGCUCAAAUCGGCCGCAGGUUCAGAACCCGUGUACCCCUUACCCACCGACUUUGACCUCCAUUUGAUCCUGCGCGCUUGCGAGGGCUUUCGCGGCGGUGCUUCUAUCGGCGAAGAGUAUUGGACGCUUCUUACUUCACCACAGCACGAAGCUCACAUAGAACCCAGUAGCCCCUCACUUCACUCACUUCUAUCACUUCGGAAAGAGAAUCGUGCUAGUGCAGCAUCGCUGUCCUUGAUUACCAGUGAAAUAAUACCUAAGGGCUUUGCCUUCGGUAAAACCUUUCAUGUGGCUAUGGGUGCCUGCAACCGCGACCACUUGAAUCCAAAUGUAUUGAAUACUGCAUCUUCUUUGCUACGUUUAUUAUCGGAAAUCGGAACUACCUCGUCGCCCGCAACUAUCAUAUCGUAUGUUGAGGUUGUUAAGAAAUGUGUCUCUGAAAAAGUCCUGCUUGCACAAACGCAAACAGGAGGCCCCUUGGCCCGACAAGAUAUUCAUAUUUUGCGGAAAAAUAGACUCCUCCAGGCUUGCUCAUGUCUAAGCGCUGCUAUCCAACAAUUGAUUUCGAAAAUACAACGCCAGGACCGCGGGAAUUCAACAGAGAAUCGAUCUAAAUACAAUGGCGCCAGAUCUACUACUUCCUCGCCCAUUCUGGAGGCCGCCAUGACCGAUUUGAGCAAUAGGGCUCUAAUACGUGUCAUCCAGAUAUACAGGCAACUUUUAACCCGCCCGACCGUGGAGUUAUUAUCAGCGGACGAGAAACAGACUGCCGAGGUAGCUAUUAUAAGGCUACAGCGGUUUUUAACCCCGUCACCACAAAGAUAUAAAUCUACAUCAUCUCAGAGCAACACGUAUACCGCAUUAAUAGAAUAG